AUGGCGACCGAUACUCUGCGAAAGCGCAAUUCCCAAACCUCGUCCGUUCCCGACUCGAGCCCUGCUUUUGGCGAUGGCGGGACUUCUCAGAGUGAUCAUCCAGCGGGCGAAAUCAAAUAUGGUGCAUGGAGUCAAGUCUUCCGCGCACUCCUUCUUCUGACAUGGUUCGACUGCGGUGCAGUCUGCAUCAACGUCACACAAUUUCUCGGGGCGCCUCUUUACUGGUGGGAUAAAAAUUACUAUUAUGCAUACAUGGCCUUGACGAAGCAAUCGUUUGCGAUCCUAGGGAUCGCUGCAACGCGAUGGUUCGCCUCUACAAAGGUCCGUGUCAGCUGGGACAGUGAGCUGCGAGGACAAUUUCACAAGACGUCGGCAGGAAGGCUGGAAACUACGUUCCCCGAACGGCUUGUCUACGUUGCCAACCACCAAGUCUACACAGAAUGGCUAUAUCUGUGGUGGAUUGCAUACACAAGUAGAAUGCAUGGGCACAUAUUCAUCAUCCUAAAAGAAUCCCUCAAAUACGUACCGGUCUUGGGCCCGGGCAUGAUGUUUUAUGGCUUCAUCUUCAUGGCUCGGAAAUGGGCCUCGGACAAACCGCGUCUUCAACAUCGUCUGGAGAAGUUGAAGACCCACCAUAGUGGUCCUAUGUCUGGGUCGGCAGGGUUGGAUCCAAUGUGGUUAUUGAUCUUCCCCGAGGGCACCAACUUGUCGGCCAACACCAAGAAGAAUAGUAUGAAAUGGGCGGAAAAGCAGGACAUGACUCACCUGAGGCAUCUGCUUCUACCGCGGAGUACUGGUCUCUUUUUCUGUCUACAGCAGUUGCAAGGUACAGUAGACUGGGUGUACGACUGUACCAUUGCAUACGAUGGAACUCCAAAAGGCGGCUUUGCUCCUGACUACUUCACCAUUCGAUCCACCUACCUACAAGGCCGGCCUCCCAAGUGUGUCAAUAUGCACUGGCGCCGGUUCGCCGUGUCGUCGAUCCCACUAAGCGACGCCAAGGAAUUCGAGAAAUGGCUGUUGGAUCGCUGGCGGGAGAAAGAUGAUCUGCUGGAGCGUUGGUACGAGACCGGAUACUUUCCAGGCGACGCCGAAGCGGCGGAUUCAUCCCGAGGCAUUUCCAAGGGUGGGUAUAUUGAAACAGAGAUGACACUCAACAACUGGAUGGAAAUCGGUCAGAUCUUUAUGGUGUUGGCUGCUACGGCUUUGGUGAUCAACGUGAUUUUGAAGUUCUUCGGCAUCUUUCUGUCGUUGAAAUGA